AUGUCGACCGCUGAAGGACUCGCACGCAAGCAGGAGGCAGACCUGUCUCCACAAGUCGACGAGGCCAUCCCAGCAGCCGAGCAGCUCGCCAAGGACGGCAAGCAGCAGGAGGCGCUCGACAAGCUCCUCGUCCUCGAGAAGCAGGCCCGCAACGCGUCCGACCUCGCCUCCACCUCUCGGCUCCUCCUCGCCGUCAACUCGAUCCUGUACCACGCGCGCGACUAUGCCCAGCUCAACGCGCACCUCCAGCUCCUGUCGAAGAAGCAUGGCCAGCUCCGCCAGGCCGUCCAGAAGAUGGUGGACGGCGCGAUGGAAUACGUCGACCAGCUCGAGGGAGACGACCAGCUGCGCCUCAUCGAGACGCUGAGGGACAUCACCGAGGGCAAGAUCUACCUCGAGGUUCCUCGAGCGCGCGUGACCCGGACACUGUCCAAGUUGAAGGAGGCGGCCGGCGACGUCAACGCGGCGUCAGAGUUGAUGCAGGAGCUCCAGGUCGAGACGUUCGGGUCGAUGGAGCGGCGCGAGAAGGUCGACUUUAUCCUCGAGCAGAUGCGGCUCCUCAAGGCGCAGGACGACUGGGAGAAGAUGGCGAUCGUGUCGAAGCGCAUCAACCUCAAGUGGCUUGCCGACAAGGAGCACGAGGACCUCAAGCUGCGCUACUACGCCCUCAUGAUCCUGUACGGCCUGUGGACCGACAAGUACCUCGACGUCGCCAAGCACUACCGCGCCGUCUACGAGACGUCGUCGAUCGCCGAGAACGCCGAGUCGGCGUCGGCCGUCCUGCGCAACGUCGUCUACUUCCUCGUCCUGGCGCCGUACGACAACGAGCAGAGCGACCUGUUGAACCGCGUGUACAAGGACGACCGGCUCAAGGAGAUGAAGGAGUCCUACGACCUCGUCAAGUGCUUCAUCGACCCGGAACUGAGGAGGUGGCCCAACAUCCAGGACCUGUACGGCGAGGGCUUGAGGCGGACAAAGGUGUUUGGGCCGGCGGGGACGGCGGGCGUCACGGGCGAUGUUGAGGAGGACGACAAGCACGCCAAGGGCGAGACGAGGUGGAAGGUGCUGCACGACCGGAUCGUCGAGCACAACAUCCGCGUCGUCGCCGGCUACUACACCCGCAUCACCCUCUCCCGCCUCGCCACCUUCCUGUCGCUCUCUGUCGCCGAGACGGAGCAGUUCCUGUCGAAGCUCGUCACGUCCAAGACGGUCUACGCCAAGAUCGACCGCCCGGCCGGCAUCGUCUCGUUCGUCAAGCCCAAGCGCGGCGACGAGGUCCUCAACGAGUGGAGCAGCGACGUGCACAAGCUCAUGGGCCUUAUCGAGAAGAGCUGCCACUUGAUCGCCAAGGAACACGCCGUGCAUGCGGCGUUGAAGGCGCAGCAGUCGAAGGCAUGA